AUGGCCCAAAACGAAUCGUCCACACCGGCCAAGGACACUCCUUUCUUCUCGAACAUACUACAGCCUGGGUCCUCCCUGCAUCCUACCUUUCUUCUUUUCGUUGACGGCGCUUUCUCUGUGUUGCUGGUCGUAUUCCUGAUCCUCAUUUUUCUAACGUCCGGUAACCCCCACAUCUUCGCUCUCAUUGCUAUCGAGCUCUGUCUCUGGGCCAGUGUUAAAUGGUUUGUAAAUGAGCUGAAGAAAGUUCCGGUGGUGGAGAAAGAUGCGAAGGAAGAUGAAAAGGAAGAUACUGCGAAAGAAACAGAGUCGAAGAAAACAAUAUGA